AUGCAGCAGAGCCUCAUCCCCGGCCACAACAACAACCGCCACCUGACCUACGAAGAGGUCGAGAACAACAUCGGUGGGCUGCCGGUGACGGACAACCGCAUCCAGGACCUGUUCGACUCUCUGGACGUGGACCACAGCGGCGCCGUUUCGGUGGAGGUGGUGAAGAGAUUCUACAUGGGUCUCGAGCACUACGGUGUGGACCUCUCUGAUAAGGAGCUUGACGAAAUGGUGCGCAAGCAUGCCGCGACGCACGAGGAAUCCCUGAACUACGAAGAGUUCGCGUGCUUCGUGCUCAGCCUUGCGCAGUGGUAA